AUGUUUUCUUCUCUCCGUCUACUUGUUUCCUGCAAACAUGGUGCGAAUCAGGCGGCGAACUUUCUCCGGAGGUCAGGGCCAUCUAGACGAAUCCAAGCAUUCAAUUACAGCAAAUCAACAAGAAAUAGCAGCCAUGGAAAGGCAGAUUCUAACAACCCUCCAUUUCCUAUAAGAACUCAAGCACAAGCUCAAGCUCAAGCCUCUCCUCCUUCUCGUGCUCGUUAUGCUGCUCCAGCCCUUUUGCUUGGAUUUGCUGGAUUCAUCUCGUUUCUUCAUUACAACGAUGAAAGGAGAGCAGUUCCUAAAGGUCAACCAAGCACGAGCAGCAAUAGUGGUUGUGGAUGUGGCUCGAAUACAACCGUGAAAGGUCCGAUCAUCGGAGGUCCAUUCACGCUUAUGAGUACACAAAACACGGUAGUCACUGAGAAAGACUUUAGUGGUAAAUGGGUGCUACUCUACUUUGGAUACUCGUUUUCCCCUGAUGUUGGACCUGAGCAAUUGAAGAUGAUGUCAAUAGCUGUUGAUAAUCUAGAGUCUAGUCAUAACCAGAAGAUUAUGCCUGUCUUUGUCACUCUUGACCCUUUACGAGAUACACCUUCUCAUCUCCACGCUUACUUGAAAGAGUUUGACAGUAGAAUACUUGGAAUCACUGGGUCUUCAAGUGCAGUGAGACAAAUGGCACAGGAGUAUCGUGUUUUUUUCAAAAAGGUUCAAGAAGAUGGAGACGAUUAUCUCGUUGAUACUUCUCACAACAUGUACUUGUUGAAUCCGAAGAUGGAGGUUGUGAGAUGCUUUGGGGUUGAGUAUAAUCCAGAUGAGCUCUCACGAGAGGUUCUUAAAGAAGUUACUUCCGUCUCACAGUGA